AAACUCUAAAGAGGAUACUUUCUGUUAAAAAUAAGCUACAAAAUCUAAUGUAUUAGUAUUUAAACUCAAUGCCAGACAUUCAAAUUGUUGACAAGAAUCAUAUAUACAUUUUUCGUUCCGCCUCAAAUAAAAUUUCUUAUACAACAUGUGGGAGCAGCUGGAGAGAUAUCGCAAUCAUUUUUUACAACGUGAACUCAAGGAUUCGCUAACGCCCAGCUUGAUUAACAAUCAGCAGAGAAAGGAGUGGACUGAGAACUUGGAGAAGCGAGAUCAAUGCAAAUGCUUCCCCAAUCGCGAUUCGGCAGCCUCCACAUACUUUGACGAUCGGGCUCAGUUGGCCUAUGGCUGGUUUGCUCUGCCCAAAUUGAUGAAGGAAUUGAACAGCGAUGUUCGCCUAACCCACUGGAAGGCCAUUGUCUCCUUGACGGAAUUUCUUUUGAAUCCAUUGAAUGCACAGGAUGCUAUCACCCAACAUGAUAUCGUUAGAAAGUUAAAAAAUGCCUUUAUGCGUUGGAGAUUGAAGCAUCACAAGGAAGAAUAUAGGGAGGGAGAGAUGUACCUCAAGAUUUAUAAUAUUCUCUCACGUAAUUUUAAUGGUGCCGAGAAUAUUGCCAAUCGCAAGUGUCUUCGGGUGGAGUUUUAUAAGAUUAUUAAGGACAAAGAAGUCUUGAAGGAUGAGUUGGCUUCGGAGAUCCUGAGCAAUUUGACGGGCAAACCAAAGGUUCUGGGAAUUAUCUUAGAGGAUCCAGAGAACUUUGCCGCUUUGGCGGACAUCUUUAAACAGGAUCCCUGUCGACCGCACUAUCCCAUACAUUUGUGGCAUCACCUGUGCCACCUUCUCGAAGUGGCACCCGAGCAGGGAUUGGAAUUGGGCUUCUUUGAGCUCCUCCACUUGAGGAUCCUUAAACGAUUGCCCGACUUCCGGGACAUGGAUAGCAAGGCGUUCGCUUUGCUCCUCCGCUGUGCUGAAGGCCAGAGGCGUUUCGAUGCCGUCGAUGGGGUGAAGCUCCUGCACGACAUCUUUGCCACGAUGGACGGAAAGCCAAGGAAAUUGCUGCCUCUGCAGAACUGGGAGUAUCUGGUUCUGGCCCUGGUCAAUGGACUGCACAGCAAGAAGGCUUUGUGGCGGAGUCGGGAGUUCACUAUGUUGCCCUGCUAUGUGGGUCGCAUCUUGCAGACGACAGAGACCAAUCCCCGCCUGCAGUUGCACUGCCUGAAGGCACUCCGGGAGCUGGGCAUGAUGCCGUGCAUCAAGCGUUAUAUUAUUGCCAACUGGCUGGAGGAUAUCUGCAAGCUAUUUUGCCUGGAUGCGGAGGCGGAGUGUGCCAGGGAUUCGUUGGUCGACUGGCUACGCCGCGAUAUUGCCGACAGUAGUAGUUAAUUUCUUUCCUGUGUUUUGCUUUCAUUUCAAGAGAGAACAUAGAAUUUCCCCGUCUCUAAACUGUUUAGAUAAAUUCAAGCUACCCCUGAGCACUAACUUUUGGUCCCAAAGAGAGUCCUUUUAUGGAAAAGGGGAUGCUUUUGGGACACACACACAGAAAAAGAGCGAGGAAGAGCUUUUCAGAGAGCAGCUACUGCCAGCUGUUUUGUCUUCUGCUUUAAAAUAAAAUAAAUUGUGGUUAAUAUUUAA